GUACAUAACUCAAGAAGGUCACAAGCUGGACACUGGAGCUCCCCGCCCCCCUGCAACUGUUACAAACGCUGUCUCUUGGCGAUCUGAAGGGAUCAAGUAUCGGAAGAACGAGGUGUUCCUGGAUGUUAUAGAAUCUGUAAACCUCUUGGUGAGUGCCAAUGGAAACGUUCUGCGCAGUGAGAUAGUCGGAUCCAUCAAAAUGAGAGUUUUCCUUUCCGGAAUGCCAGAACUCCGUCUUGGCUUGAACGAUAAAGUGCUCUUUGACAACACGGGCCGUGGAAAAAGCAAAUCAGUGGAACUGGAGGAUGUGAAAUUCCAUCAAUGUGUGCGUCUGUCUCGCUUUGAAAAUGACCGGACCAUUUCUUUCAUCCCACCUGAUGGGGAGUUUGAGCUUAUGUCAUACCGCCUAAAUACCCAUGUGAAGCCACUAAUCUGGAUUGAAUCAGUCAUAGAGAAGCAUUCCCAUAGCCGCAUAGAGUACAUGAUCAAGGCCAAGAGUCAGUUUAAGCGCAGAUCCACAGCCAACAAUGUGGAGAUUCACAUUCCUGUUCCGAACGAUGCUGACUCACCAAAAUUCAAAACCACCGUUGGGAGUGUCAAAUGGGUGCCCGAGAGCAGUGCGAUUGUGUGGUCUGUCAAGUCUUUUCCGGUAAGCUAA